AUGGAGCAGCACCGUGGUGCUGGCUCGCCGGGCUUGCGCCCCCCUCCUGGGUUCCCAGCGCCCACCAACCCCCCCACCACCGCCGCCACCGUGGAGCAACACUCCUCGACUUCCUCUUUCGCCGCCUUCGGGCUCUUCCCUUUCCCCCCGGCUAGGGGUUCUCCACGGUCGCCGCCUUCGUCGGCCGCUUCCGGCCGCUCGACACUCCCCGAGGUGUCGAGCGAGUACAGCGAUCGGGAGAAAAUGGAAGAGACCAACGCGUGGCUCCUCGGCCACCACCACGACCAGGUGGUGGCCACAAUGCACAAGAAGUUCCAGGCUCUCCUGGACUACGACACGACGAAGAAUCGAAAGAUUCUUCACAUCGACUGGAUCUCUGGGAAUCCCAACGAUCCCAUCAAGAAGGAGGAAGCUGCCGCCGCUCACGGUGGCAUGAGCGCCGAGGACCGGCGCCUCAGCGACAGCGUGGUCAGGACGGUUAUGCAGGUCACCCACGGUGUAGACCAGUGGGACGAGACCCUCACGUGGAACAAGUCAAUGUUCUACGGUGACUGGCUGAACGACCAGAAGGGGUUCCGCCAGUUCUUCUUGGAGAUCCAGAUCAAGAGGAUCUCUGGCGCCGACGAGGCGCUGCUCGAGAAAAGCGGGAUCAGCCCGGCGUUCGUUUGGCUGCCCCUCCACGACGAGAAGGCUCCCGCCAUCACCCCGAUGAUGGUCCCUCCCGUCGUCUCCACCGUCGUUCCCGGGCAAACACCCCGUGAGCUCCCCGUUCCGGGCCAGGUCAUUGGCGAGCUCGUCCCCGGAGUCGAGGAAGAGGAGUAUGCCACUCCCGCCCCAACUUCCUCCCUCCAAGUCCCCACCUGCCCGGCCGACAAGGGUAAAGGAACGACCGCCGCUCCCCAAGGCCAAACCGGCGACGGAAAUCACGAUGCUCCCCUGGUCGUCUCUUCCGAACCCGCCCAAGCCUCCCAGCAGCAGCAGCAGCAGCAGCGGGCACUACCCAACCCGGACAACCUCGUUCUCGGCCAGCAAUGCAGCACCGCCGGCGACACUAGCGCCCCUGCCGACCCUACCGUCCCUCGGUCCGGCAUCCCUCGCAGCCAGCCUCUCCCCGCUUCCGGCAGCUUUGAGUCUCUCGAUCCCCCCCCUUCUGACGUAUCCGACUCCACCGAGGAGUCGUACGAGGAUGAAGGCACCGUCUACCUAUCUGACGGCGUCGAUCCCUUCGAGUCGCUCAUCCCCGCCCACAGCACUCCGGCCGUCAGCGCUGCCGACCUGCACCGGCACCGUCAAGAAUUUGACCGCAUUGCCUACGCCAAACGCGAGGAGCUCGACCACACCUUUUCGUUCAUGAAGAACCCCGAGAUCACGGAGCGCAUCAAAAAGUCAUUUGUCUACACCGUCCGCGUCGUUGCCAUCCCCGACAACGGCAAUAUCGUCAACGAGUUCACGGGCCCGCGUGUCGAUGACCGCUACGGCACCGUUGUGGGACAGGGUGGUUGGGUCGUCCCCCCUCUCGAAGAGCGCAUCAGGUGGCGCGAGGAGCGCAAGCGCGCGUACCGGAACAAGGACGCCAAACCCGGCAAGUACGAAGGCCUCCCUCGACCGCAAGUUCAGAACGCCAUGCCCAUGAAGUUCGACUGGUCCGGCGGUCUUGAGCCGCGCUACUAUGGCCCGGUGGCCCCGAUCUGGCGCGAGACUUGUGAUCCGUGCCUGGAGGAUAUCUACUGGAUGGUCUGGCAGCUGCUGGCUGGGAAGCAGUUCCUCGGUUUCAACCCCGGCAUCGGCUUCGGUGUGCAUCGGCCCCGCGCGACAGGCGAUGUGGCCAUGCUAAACCAGUGCCCCUUCAAGAGCCCGUCGACUGAGGCACUCUAUCACACGGCUUCCUACCCGCGGGGCAAAGAGGAGUAA